AUGGUGAUAAUCUUACAGGGACAUACAGAGGGAUAUGAUAAUAAUGCACAAAUGGUUAUUAUACUUACUAAAGGAAAAAUCUGUAUACAAAUUAUCAAUUGUAUCCCUUCAUUAUCGCUCAAGGAUUUUGCAACUACGGAAAAAAUAAUUCCAGACUAUUCACCCUCGGAGAUCAUUGAUAUUAUUCUCAUUCUUGGAGAAUGUCAUUUAAAUUAUCACGAAGCUUCGCGAGUUUACCGAGAUCGGUAUCCUGAAAGGGAAAGACACCCCAAUCCUGCUUUAAUCCGAAACCUCGAACGAAGAGCUCGUGAAGGUGAUCUCAAACGUAAAAGGAAAGAUCAUGUGUAUGAUGAAAAUGACAAUCGUGUGGUCACGCUCCUGGCAGCAAUUCAUCUCAAUCCUCAUGUUAGUCAACGGAUUUUGGCAAGGGAACUAGGUAUUCCAAGAUCAACAAUUAGGAGGAUUAUGAAGAAACUUAAAUACCAUCCCUACCACAUAACGUUGACACAAGCUCUGAGUCAAAGGGAUAUGCAAUUGCGUAUCCAAUUUUGUCAAUGGGCACAACAAAUGAUCAGAGCUGAACAAAAUUUUUUCAAUUUUGUCAUGUUCUCUGAUGAGUCGACAUUUAAAAAUAAUGGUGAGCUAAAUAGGCAUAAUUGUCACUAUUGGUCAGAUGUUAAUCCCCAUUGGCAUAGACCAAUAGAUAAUCAGAAUCGUUGGAGUAUCAAUGUUUGGUGCGGAAUUGUGAAUGGGUAUUUGAUUGGUCCCUAUUUCUUUGACGGAAAUGUCAACGGAGAAAACUUUCUGGCAUUUCUUAGAGAUGAUUUACCACAAUUACUUGAAAACGUUGACCUGCAAACACGCCAGAGGUUAUGGAUACAACUCGAUGGCGCGCCACCUCACUAUACAAGAUAUGUGAGAGAUUACCUGAAUGAAACGUAUAAUGACAGAUGGAUUGGACGAGGUGGCCCCGUCGCGUGGCCUGCACGAUCUCCUGAUCUGACGUCGCCCGACUUUUUCUUAUGGGGAUACCUGAAAAAUGUCGUGUACGAGCAAACGCCUACAACAAGAGAAAAUAUGAUAGAAAGGAUACGAGAAGCUUGCAGAAGAAUAACGCGCGAUAUGUUACUCAAGACAGUAAGACAUUUCCAAGAUAGGUUGGCAUUAUGUAUCCAAGCCAAUGGAGACAACUUCGAACAAUUGAUUCGAUAAAUCUUUAUUGACUGGAUCAUUCUCGAUUUUGCCUUCGGUGGCGGGAUUCUUCUUGAUCUUACUUUAGUUGACAGAACCAUCAACGAUCUUGCCUUGACUGGCUGGAUCCGUGUUCGUAUCUUGCCUUGACUGGCUGGAUCCGCGUUCGUAUCUUGCCUUG